AUGGAGUGCGUGCCGGUCGGGGUCGAUGGUGGCAAGUAUCGAUACAUGGAGUCGAGCUUGGAGCGGUCGGAGCGGGCGCUGAGUGUUGGCGGUGAGGCAGAAGAGGACGGACGGAUCGCCGAUAGACGAUGGGACCCUACCAGAGGAACCCGUACAGCUGAUAGAGAUGUUUCUGUUGAAGGAUUCGAAUUGUUUUCGGCUAAGGCAAGGUGACAGUCGGUUAUGCUGUUUGGAAGGUUUCAAUGCGUGCCAAAGAAGGUAUCGAAAAAAGAGUAUAAUUUCCCUUCCUGUCAAAAUAAUUUAUCGGAAUAUAAAAUUAUGCUCUGCCUGGUGUUCCUUAGAUAUAAUUUGUUGUUCAUAAUUGUUGACUAUUCGAUGAAUAAUAAAUGAAUGUUUUUUCGAGAUGUUUUUGAUUUUGUAAACAUUUAACUCUGUCACUUUUACAUCUUCAUGUCCGUAAUACUGUAGAAUCCAUUUUCAAUUUUUGCAAAUAUCAUGGAACUUUAUUAAAUCUUAUUAUGGAAUGCUCACAGUCUAUUAAUUGCUUAGAGGGAAGGAAAUUUAACCGCCAGUAUUAGCAUGUUAGUUCUGCCAUUGUUUAUUAUUUACAAAAUUCUCUUCUAUUAUUUGUUUAUUAUCCAGGUGUCAUCUUUUCCUUAAUUAUUUUAGAUUUAUAAACAGCAUAUUAGUUUAAAACCGAAAUUCUGUUAGUGAUAAUAUCUAAAAAUAUUGUUUUUUAUACAUGUUCGUU